UAGGGAAGUUUUGUUUUUUCUUUAACAAAAAAAAUAAAAAACUGAAAAAAUUCGCUGCCUGUACCAACGUCCUCCACAUGGCAGCCAGAACCGGAAGCGUAGCGUCGGGAGAUUGGGUGAAAUGUCGAAACAGGAAAAAGGGGGAAAGAUGAUUCCUUCCUCUGCCUCCUUUGUUAGUAUCUCAAAAAUCUAUCUUCACCCUCCAAUUUUCUCCUUAUUUUUAAUCAUAUCGAGUAAUCCCGCUGCCCAACCUCCAUCCCCUUUUUUCCCCAAACUUUGAGGUCCUCUGUUUUGCGUUUGAAUUACUGAAAAUUUUCCCUCUUCAUGGAUGUUGUGCCUCACUACACCGUUACCCAAUUUUAAUCCGUGUGGUGUUCAUGCGCAUCUGUGUUGGUCCGAUCAUGGAAAGAAUAGUGGAAACUGAAGGGAAUCGGGUUCUCUAUUCCGUUCCCAGAUUGGUCGCUGCCGCUAUCUCUGGGGCUCUCACGGGGCUUUUUGCUCUGGUUGGAGCUUUAACAGGAGCUAUUACUGGUGCUUUUGCUGGCGGGGCUUCUGGUUGUGGUUUUCUUCGUGGGGCUGGAAUAGGAGCCAUUGCAGGUGCUGUGCUUUCUGUUGAGGUUUUGGAGGCUUCUCGCGCUUACUGGGGUUUUGAACAAUCUGGUUCACGGGGCUCUUCAUCUAUGGCAGAUUUCAUAGAAGAGCUUCUUCGUGGGAGGUUCAUAGAUGAACAAUUUUCACCAGCAAUGCUAACUGCUUAUUAUUGGCAGCAGGUAAACGUUUCUAAUACAAGUUAUGAUGAGAUCCAUUAUGAUGAUAGUGAAGUUGUAUCCAGAGGAUUGUCAGGGGAUUCAUUGAAGAAAUUGCCAUGUUACACCUUGGAUGAAACCAAGGCAAAACAGACCAUCUGCUGUACAAUAUGCUUGCAGGAUAUGAGAAUAGGGGAAAUGGCAAGGAGAUUACCCCAUUGCCACCAUACGUUCCACUUAACCUGUGUGGACAAGUGGCUUAUGCAACAUGUAUCAUGCCCCAUAUGCAGGCAGGAUGUGUAGACUGUUGAGAUCAAACUGUUAUACAUGUAUAUAUUUGCUAUGUAAUAUAGUGUUUGUGAUUAAGCUGUUUGGUGGUACUUGUGCACUUCAUUUAUGUAAUUCUGUUGUUUAGCAUAAUGUUUCCAAAGCAAUUGUCAAAAUAUAAUUGCUGACAGGACGGAUUGAUAUUUUCACUGUAGGUCGUCUAUAAGAUAAUUAGGAUAAUUUGUAAUAUACUUUGCUUAUUGUC